GCUGUGAAGCCUUGGAAGGAAGGUUCUGGAAUCAGCACUCAGUUCCCCGGUGGGAACUCCUGCACUGAGACAACUUGUCCUCCGCAUUGGGCACUUUGUAGGAGAAAGACAGCACGCUGGAAAAUUUAGAGGUUCCGUUGCCUUGGAGUUCAGGAGACGAGACGGGGGACUCAAAGUCAGCCCAGCACACAGUAGGGCUGGAGAAGUUUCCAUCCUCAGCAGAUCUCUUUCUUGGCCCCAGACCUUGGAAGGUCUAAAUAUUAGGGUACCAGAGAAGCCUGGACAGGCAGGCACCUAGUGAGAAGUUAAGGGCCCACCUUUCCUGGGGUCUGUGACCCAGGAGGCAAAGUGGGAGACCAUACUGGACAGAGGUGAGAGGGACAGGGAAGGGGAGGGACCCCCUGGCACUCAGCCAUUAGGCAAGUGCAGAUCUGUCUUGGCCAUGCUUGGGAGAGGGGGUGCGGGAAAGAGUGAGUAUAGGUGUGCCCAGGUGGCCUUUGGUCUUACUGCUCCCUUGCCUGUAACAGCCACCUCUAGGGUAGGUAAGAUAGCCACCAAGCCAGAGGUCCCUCCCCAAACUUCUAUUAGCGGAGCCCCCUGGCUCUCAAGCACCCACCCAGAGUCCAGACUGUGAUUUGGGAUAACCAGGUGGACCUGUCUCCUGGAGACUUAAGGAAGAACUUGCAGGGAGACACAAGGUGGUAUGGACUGUGAGCCUGGCCUCCCUUUCCCCCCAACCCCAUGAGGCCCCGGGCUGGCCGCCCACUUCUAUUCAUAAAGGAGCUAGGUUUCCCUGGGGACCAACGGACUGGCCAGUCUCCCCCCACACACACCCUCUCCUGGCCACAGCUCCCACUGGGAGGAGGGGUGGAGGCUGGGCAGCCUCCUGGAUCCCUGCCCUCCAGGCCCCUUCAGACUUUGGGCAACACUGGUCCCUGCUGAGCUGAGUACAAGAAGCAGUGGCUGCCUCUGGAAGAGGUCCUUGAGGUGACUCCAACCACAAUGGUGAUUCCGUCUUUGGCCAGGGCCACUGGGGGUCCAGUGCCUCCUGGGGCACCCUAGGCUGCUACCUGUGUGCCUUAUCCCCACCCACCCGUGGGCCACGUCAUGGGCGGCUGCUUCUCUAAGCCCAAGCCAGUGGAACUCAAGAUUGAGGUGGUCCUUCCUGAGAAGGAGCGGGGCAAGGAGGAGCUGUCAGCCAGCGGGAAGAGCAGCCCCCGGGCCUACCAGGGCAAUGGCACAGCCCGCCACUUCCACGCUGAGGAGCGCCUGCCAGCCCCCCACCCUUACCCAGGCACUCAGGACUGUGUGGAGGCUGCAGUUUGCCACGUCAAGGACCUGGAGAAUGGCCAGUGGGUGCCAGGACUGAUGCGGGAAGUGGAGCUAGGCUGGGGGAAGGUGCUUCUGGUGAAGGACAACGGGGAGUUCCAUGCCCUAGGCCACAAGUGUCCGCACUAUGGGGCCCCCCUGGUGAAAGGUGUGCUGUCCCGUGGCCGGGUGCGCUGCCCCUGGCAUGGUGCCUGCUUCAACAUCAGCACUGGAGACCUGGAGGACUUCCCUGGUCUGGACAGUCUGCAUAAAUUCCAGGUCAAGAUUGAGAAAGAGAAGGUAUACAUCCGGGCCAGCAAACAGGCUCUGCAGCUACAGCGAAGGACCAAAAUGAUGGCCAAGUGUAUCUCUCCAAGUGCCGGCCACAGCGGCAGCACCAAUGUGCUCAUCGUGGGAGCAGGGGCAGCUGGCUUGGUGUGUGCAGAGACACUGCGUCAGGAGGGCUUCUCAGAUAGGAUUGUCCUGUGCACGCUGGACCGGCACCUCCCCUAUGACCGGCCCAAGCUCAGCAAGUCCCUGGAUGCGCAGCCCGAGCAGCUGGCCCUGAGGCCCAAGGAGUUCUUUCGCGCCUAUGGCAUCGAGGUGCUCACUGAGGCUCAGGUGAUCACAGUGGACGUGAGAAACAAGAAGGUCGUGUUCAAGGAUGGCUUCAAGCUGGAGUAUAGCAAGCUGCUGUUGGCACCAGGCAGCAGUCCCAAGACUCUGAGCUGCAAAGGCAAGGAGGUGGAAAAUGUGUUCACCAUCCGGACACCUGAGGAUGCCAACCGCAUAGUGAGGCUGGCCCGGGGCCGCAAUGCUGUGGUUGUGGGGGCUGGCUUCCUCGGGAUGGAGGUAGCUGCCUAUCUGACGGAGAAGGCCCACUCCGUGUCGGUGGUGGAGCUGGAGGAGACUCCCUUCAGGAAGUUCCUGGGGGAACGUGUCGGUCGUGCCCUCAUGAAGAUGUUUGAGAACAAUCACGUCAAGUUCUACAUGCAGACGGAGGUGUUAGAACUUCGGGCCCAGGAGGGAAAGCUCAAGGAGGUCGUGCUGAAGAGCAGCAAGGUCAUACGGGCUGAUGUCUGCGUGGUGGGCAUUGGUGCGGUGCCAGCCACGGGCUUCCUGAGGCAGAGCGGCGUCACUCUGGAUUCCCGAGGCUUCAUCCCAGUCAACAAGAUGAUGCAGACCAACGUCCCUGGCGUGUUUGCAGCUGGCGAUGCUGUCACUUUCCCCUUGGCCUGGAGGAAUAAUCGGAAAGUAAACAUCCCGCACUGGCAGAUGGCUCAUGCCCAGGGGCGUGUGGCAGCCCAGAACAUGCUGGCACAGGAGGCAGAGAUGAGCACCGUGCCCUACCUGUGGACCGCCAUGUUUGGCAAGAGCUUGCGCUAUGCAGGGUAUGGAGAAGGCUUCGAUGACGUCAUCAUCCAGGGGGGCUUAGAGGAGCUGAAGUUCGUGGCUUUUUACACCAAAGGCGAUGAGGUGACAGCUGUGGCCAGCAUGAACUACGACCCCAUUGUCUCCAAGGUGGCAGAGGUCCUGGCCUCUGGCCGCACCAUUCGGAAGCGGGAGGUGGAGCUGUUUGUGCUGCACAGCAAGACCGGUGACAUGUCCUGGAUCACAGGGAAAGGAUCGUGAGCUCAUAAGCAGCAGGCUUGGGCAGGCAUGCUGGGGCACCAGGGACAGAGGCCAAGCCUCUGAGGCAGGUGCCAGUCUCCAAUUUCCUAGGAUUCACCCAAGGGCAGAACUUAUGCCCUUCUAGUGCUUGCUUUCCACUGCCUGGCUGCCUGGCUGACCUCUGAAGAGGCCUGGAAAGCCUUUGGUUGCCUCCAAGAGAUGCUCAUCCCUGAAGGCUUUGGCUGCUGCAGACAUCUGGCAGUGGAAGCAGGACAAGGUUCUGCCUCUUCUUUUCUUGGUGGGACCCAUCCCCUGUAGGACCUUGCAAUAUGUUAGGCAUUAUCUUUAAAUUAAAGAACACACAUUUGCAGA